CGGAUGGAUGAUCCUGACCACCAUCUUCGCCAACUGCAUCGCGCUGGCGGUGUUCACGCCCUACCCCAACAGCGAUUCCAACUACACCAACUCUGUGCUGGAGAAAAUAGAAUACGUGUUCCUGGUCAUCUUCACAGGGGAGUGCUUGAUGAAGAUCUUUGCGUACGGGUUUGUGAUGCACGCUGGCUCCUAUCUGAGGAAUGGAUGGAAUUUGCUGGAUUUUACCAUCGUCGUUAUUGGAAUGGUGAGCACGGUACUGUCGAGCAUAUUCAAAGACGCGUUCGACGUAAAGGCGCUGCGGGCAUUCAGGGUGCUCCGACCUCUGAGGCUCGUCUCUGGAGUACCAAGUCUCCAGAUCGUGCUGAACUCCAUCCUGAAAGCGAUGAUCCCGCUGCUCCACAUCGCGCUGCUGGUCAUCUUCGUCAUCAUCAUCUACGCCAUCAUCGGCCUUGAGCUGUUCUCCGGGAAAAUGCACAAGACUUGCUUCAACAAACACACCAACGAGAUGAUGGACUCUCCCCACCCCUGCGACUUGGAUAACGGUUUCAACUGCUCAAGCUUGGGCUCUGAGAUGGUGUGCCGCGAAGGCUGGAUCGGGCCCAAUUUCGGCAUCACCAACUUCGAUAACUUCGGGCUGUCCAUGUUGACGGUAUUCCAGUGCAUUACUUUGGAAGGGUGGACUGAAGUUAUGUAUAAUAUUCAAGACGCGAUGGGCAACAGCUGGGAGUGGAUUUAUUUCGUGUCGAUGGUCAUAUUGGGAGCUUUUUUCGUCAUGAACCUAAUUCUCGGUGUGUUGUCUGGAGAAUUCUCAAAAGAGAGAGAAAAGGCGAAAAACCGGGGAGACUUCCAGAAACUUCGCGAGAAGCAGCAGUUAGAAGAGGAUCUGAAGGGCUACCUCGACUGGAUCACGCAGGCAGAGUACUUGGAGCCCCUGGCGGAUCAGAACGACACUGCUGACCAGUUGAGGGAGUAUAGUUUAGGAGCAGGAACAGCAGAAAACCACGACUCAUCAGACCAUUUGGGAGUGGAGAUGAGUGAACCACAGAAGAAGAGCUGCAUUUGCAAACUCUGGAAGCAAGACUUCGAUAAAAUUAAUCGAAGAAUGAAGCGCAGCUGUCGGAAAGCCGUGAAAUCGCAGACGUUUUACUGGCUGAUCAUUCUUCUCGUGUUCCUAAACACUGUGGUGUUGGCCAGCGAGCAUUAUCAGCAACCAAGCUGGCUGGAUUUGUUUCAAGAGUACGGGAACGCCUUUUUCGUAGCACUUUUUACUUUAGAAAUGUUAGUCAAGAUGUACAGUCUAGGAUUACAAGGUUACUUCGUGUCGCUGUUCAACCGGUUCGACUGCUUUGUGGUGGUCGGGUCCAUCAGCGAGAUGGUGCUCACGAAGACGGAGGUGAUGCCUCCCCUCGGCAUCUCCGUGUUGCGGUGCGUGCGGCUGUUGAGGGUGUUUAAAGUCACCAAAUACUGGCGCUCCCUCUCCAACCUAGUAGCGUCUCUCCUCAACUCCAUCCAGUCCAUCGCCUCGCUGCUGCUGCUGCUGUUCCUCUUCAUCAUGAUCUUCGCGCUACUUGGCAUGCAGGUCUUCGGAGGGAAGUUCAACUAUGAUCCCGUGGAGGAGAAGGAUCGGCACAAUUUCGAUUGCUUUUGGCAGGCGCUGCUAACGGUUUUUCAGAUCCUGACGGGGGAAGACUGGAACGCGGUGAUGUACGAAGGCAUCAAGGCGUACGGCGGCGUCGGCUCCGUCGGCAUCGUUGCCUGCAUCUACUUCAUCAUCCUCUUCAUCUGUGGCAACUACAUCCUACUAAACGUUUUCUUGGCCAUCGCCGUAGACAAUCUCGCGGACGCAGAAUCGUUGACCAACAUUGAAAAGCAGGAAGCGAAUCCCGAUGAGAAGGAAGCCGGUAGUGUAAUAAUUGAUGGUGCACAUGCAGAUACUGAUGAUGAAUAUAUUCACGACGACGAUGCGUAUACGACGGACAAUUCGGAGCGUGAAUAUGAAGAGACAGGCUCAGAGGAAGGAGAAGACGGGAGAAUCGAGAUAGAGGGUGGAGAGGAAACAGAGAGGAUAGAAGAGGAACAAGAACGGGAAGAAGAGACUAUUCAGAGGAAUCAUAUAGGUUCUAACAAAGAAGGACCCACUGUAACCGUGAUGGAGCUAACACACAAAGAAACAGAAACUAACUAUGCAACAACAGUGAACACAGAGGGCGAGGAGCCAAGAUUGAAGCGAAAGCCGACAACAUCAUCGGCGAGACCAAGGAGGUUGUCUGAAGUCGACAUACACGACUCUAAGAAACCCAUCCCUGACGCUACCUCCUUCUUCAUAUUUACCAAAACCAACAGGUUCCGCGUGUUCUGCUACAAGCUGUCAGCAUCUUCGACCUUCGGGAACAUCAUCCUGAUCUGCAUCAUGUUCUCGUCGGCCAUGUUGGCAGCUGAAGAUCCUUUGGAUGCACAGCAAAAAGGAUUCAGGAAUUGGCUCCUAAGCCAAUUCGACGUGUUCUUCACGGGCAUCUUCACGCUGGAGCUGUUCCUCAAGCUGGUGACGUACGGGCUGAUCCUGCAUGAGGGCGCAUUCCUCCGCUCUGCCUUCAACGUGCUCGACAUGCUCGUCGUCUGCGUGUCGCUCAUCUCCAUGUGCUUUAAGUCAGGAAGUAUAUCGGUGGUGAAGAUAUUAAGAGUGUUCAGGGUGCUGAGGCCACUCAGGGCCAUCAAUAGGGCCAAGGGCCUUAAGCACGUUGUACAAUGCGUGAUCGUUGCUAUCAAAACAAUCGGGAACAUAUUGUUGGUAACGUCGUUACUGCAAUUCAUGUUCGCCGUCAUGGGAGUACAAAUGUUCAAGGGAAAGUUUUUUAGAUGUACUGAUAUUUCGAAGAUGACGAAAGCUGAGUGUCAAGGAACAUACCUUGUCUUUGAAAAUCGUAAUUACGUAGUUAGAGAUAGAGAGUGGAAGAGGAAUGACUUCCAUUUUGACAACGUCAUGAAAGGGAUGCUGACGUUGUUCACCGUCUCCACGUUCGAGGGAUGGCCUGCGUUGCUGUACGUGUCCAUCGACUCGAACCAAGAGGACCGUGGUCCCAUUACUAACUUCCGUCCAAUCGUUGCAGCCUACUAUAUUAUUUAUAUUAUUAUAAUUGCCUUCUUUAUGGUAAAUAUAUUCGUCGGUUUCGUCAUAGUAACAUUCCAAAACGAGGGAGAGCAGGAGUAUAAAAACUGUGAACUGGACAAGAAUCAGCGGAACUGCAUAGAGUUCGCCCUAAAAGCAAAACCUAUAAGAAGGUAUAUCCCAAAGCAUCGCAUCCAAUACAAAGUGUGGUGGUUCGUCACAUCCCAGCCGUUUGAAUACGCCAUCUUCGUUCUCAUCAUGAUCAACACCAUCACACUAGCCAUGAAGUACCACAAUCAGCCCCUCGAAUACAGCAAAGCUUUGGACAUGCUCAAUAUGAUUUUCACCGCUGUCUUUGCUCUUGAGUUCAUUUUCAAACUCGCUGCCUUUAGGUUUAAGAAUUAUUUUGGAGACGCGUGGAACACAUUCGACUUUAUCAUCGUACUAGGAAGUAUUAUAGAUAUUGUAGUAUCACAAGUCAACGAGCUCAAAAACCAGGGAAGCGGUUUAACAAAAGCCCACAUAAAGGAAACCUCAAUACCAUCGAUCAACUUCUUCCGUUUAUUUCGAGUGAUGAGGCUCGUGAAGCUACUGUCGAGAGGGGAGGGGAUCAGGACUCUCCUCUGGACGUUUAUAAAGUCAUUUCAAGCGUUGCCGUAUGUUGCCUUGCUGAUUUUGAUGCUGUUCUUCAUUUAUGCUGUAGUGGGGAUGCAGGUGUUUGGGAAAAUAGCCAUAGACGACGAAACCCCGAUCACUAGAAACAACCACUUCCAGACAUUCCCUCAAGCCAUUCUAGUCUUAUUUCGUUCAGCUACAGGGGAGGCGUGGCAGGACAUUAUGAUGGGGGUCUCCCCGGAGCCGGAAGUGCAGUGCGACGACAACUACGAAGAGGAGCCCGGCGAGAACGUCAAUUCCUGCGGCUCCGUGCUCGCCUUCCCCUACUUCAUCUCGUUCUACGUGCUGUGUUCUUUUUUGAUUAUCAAUUUAUUUGUAGCCGUUAUCAUGGAUAAUUUCGACUAUUUGACCAGAGACUGGUCAAUACUGGGACCACACCACUUAGAUGAAUUUAUAAGGUUAUGGAGUGAAUACGACCCAGACGCGAAGGGUCGGAUAAAACAUUUAGAUGUAGUUACUUUGUUAAGGAAAAUUAGUCCUCCAUUAGGGUUCGGCAAGCUGUGUCCACACCGCGUGGCCUGCAAGAGACUGGUCUCGAUGAACAUGCCUCUCAACUCCGAUGGGACUGUCCUCUUCAAUGCCACCCUCUUCGCCGUCGUCAGGACUUCGCUGAAGAUCAAAACUGAGGGAAGACGCAAUCAAAAUGUUGCACCGUCAACUCCCAGCAACAUAGACGACUGCAACACAGAACUAAGAGCGGUCAUCAAGAAGAUUUGGAAGCGAACGUCUCCGAAACUUCUGGACCAGGUGGUUCCGCCACCUGGGGACCCGAAUGAGAUCACUGUUGGCAAGUUCUAUGCCACCUUUCUGAUACAGGACUACUUUAGAAGGUUCAAAAAGCGGAAGGAGCAAGAGUUAAGGCAGAACGAUGAGGCCUGUCACCAGAUGACUCUCCAAGCGGGUCUGAGGACUCUUCAUGAGGCAGGACCUGAGCUGAAAAGGGCUAUAUCAGGGAAUCUCGACGACAUCACAACAGAAUGUGAUGUGCCUAUGCAUAGGAGAAACCACUCAUUGUUUGGAGGCGUGUGGUCAAGCAUCCGAAGACACGGACCCAACAGGAACAUCAGACAGAGGAAACCGGGGGAACCUCCGAUGGGAGAAGGAGUGGGUAAUCAUCUGAGUUCCAUGAUGCAGCGAGAAUACGGAGUGGGGACUUUGCCUCUAGCGCCGACAGUACCGAAUGGACAACCAAAGGAGCAAAUACCACUUAGACCUUUAAUAUUCAAUGGAGAAUCAGAGAAGAUAUAUCAAGUUCUAGACAAUCAGAAAUCUAACUACCCGGAGAUGUUAGGUCAAAUAGGUCUCGCGUUCGGUUGCGUUAACUAUCUAACGACGCCGAGCGAGGCGAUAAAAACGUCCCCCGCCGUGUCUAGACAAAAGAUCCAUCCAGAAGACUCGACGUCUUCCAGGGAGAAGCUACCGAUACCGAGGAAGGCGUCCCCGGAGGAUAAAACGCCGUCGCCGAGCGCGUUCGAAGCGAUACAGCCGAAGAUCUCCGCGCAUCUGGCGAGCGAAUGCACGCCGACGACCGAGUCGAAAACGAUGACGCUGUACGGCUACAACGCAGCAGCGAAGCUCCCGUUCGCGUUCUCCCACGCGAAGGCGGCGUGCCGCGGAGGGGAGAGAAGGAGCCUCCGAGCCAUCAAGCCGGUGGUGACAGGUCGGAUGGUGCGCAGUGCCUCGUCAGGGGCGGCGAGCUCGCAUGCGCCGCCCGCCCAGCUUUUAGCUCGACCGCACUCGCCAGGAGGCGAUAGCUCGGGCCGCGGCGUGGUGUCGCUGCCGGGCAGUCCGCGCGGCGUCAACUCCGCAGUCCCGGUGGUUGGGUCAGCCGAGAGCCUCGUCACUAGGGUUUUAGCCGAACAAGGUCUAGCGGCGUACUGUGACGCAGAGUUCGUGAGGAACACAUCGCGGGAGAUGCAGGAGGCGCUUGAGAUGACGCAAGAGCAGAUGGACAGGGCGGCACACCAACUCAUGAUUCAAGAGAGAAAUAUAAAACAAGCCCAAAACCAGCCUCAAGUUGCUAACAUUUGGGCUGUUCCAGGGCGAUAUGCUAGCUCGCCACCCUUACCAGCCACCGACCAUGCCCCCACCCUUCAAGCCGUUAUAGCAGAGAGUGGCCGCGCCUCACAAGAUGGCGGACACCACCAAAAUGGCAGCCAAGAUGGCGCCGCGCCGCGGAAUGGCGGCAAUGGCGCGAAACACCACAAACAGCACAAGAGGAAGAGAAAAAGGAAACCAGUAUUGGUAUAGUGUAUGGAAAUAUGUUUGAGAUGUGCUCAAAUUUUUAUUUGUUGCUUAGGAUUAGGGGCAGAUGAUUUUUACCGCCGAUUUAUCAUCGCAAUAUAGUUAGAAUGCGGCAGCAAUAUAGUUCUGCUUUUAAUAAAUAUCUGUGUCCUUAUCGAUUGUACCGACAAAUUAACUUUGUAAAUCCUUAAUGAAUUAUAUAUUGCCAUGCCAAAUGUCAAUGCGAAACAUUAUUACUUGUCAAUUGCUUUCUAAUUGUACGAGUAAGUCCUUGGACUUAAAAAGUAAUUAAAACUUCUAAAUGAACACUAAUUUUACAUGGGCGACAGUGUUUGGAAAUACAGGACAACGCUCUAAGGCUACGUUCUAAGCACAGAAUAAGUUUAAUAUGUUCAGUGGUUCUAAGACAGUUGUUCGAGUCAAGGAGCAAUAAAUAAGAGUACUACACAAACUCACGUUCCUCGUCGUUGGCAUAGAUGGCACCACUUAGCGUAAAUUUUGUAUGGCUAUAGACCUGUUACCGUCAUAUCGUGAUCUAGUGCGCUCUCUGAGAGAUAUAAUGCAGAUGGGGUUUUAAUAAAAGCUGAGGUCAAAGUGCCUUACAAAAUAUGUUAACUGAGAUCUUGCUAAUGUAACGCCAUUUACAACAAAAUUUAAGAAACUUAUUUGUCGCUAAUUAAAAUGUCUAUUAGCAUCUUUUCUUAGAUGCCUACCUUCGUUGGCUGUACAUACCUUUGUUGGUACAUAUUGGUCUUCUAUGCAUUAAGCAUAUUAGACUUCCUAUUUUAUGAACUUCUGUGUACGGCAGAUGAAAAAGUGAGAUUAUUAGUAGAUCUAACGUAACGUAUUUGGUAAAAUUUAGGCGUUGUAAUGUUUAGAAAGGGCCAAAUAAUCAUUGCAACUUCAGGAGUGGUUCGUAAUUUGAAAUACAAAUUUGGAAUGUAGGUACCUUUAUCAUAAAGUAGAAGUAAAAAAAAAGAACCUGCAAGUUUGUGGUGAGGCGAUUACCUAUCGCCUACUCUACCUAAUUACAAAGGUAAGGCAAGAAAAAUUCUUCCUUUUUACUAUAGAACGAGGGAAGCAAAUGACACAGUUGCUUAUGGUGAACGACGGUCACCGCUUCCCAUUAGGCGGAUAUCAAUUAAAAAAGCAGUAACAGGCAGUUGUGCUGGUACUAUUGGUCCUUUAUUUAGAUUUAAAACAUAAUACAGAGAGAGAAAAUUGUCUCUAAAACAAUAUUUAGAGAUACUUUGGUUUAUCUUGUGUAUUAAAAAAAAUGUAAUUUUUCUAGAUGUGUAGUUUUACAGUUAUAUGAAAAUGAUAUAGAUAUAUCAAUAUCAUACGUCAUUUUAAAUUAAUACAUCAUGUUAAAACACCUAUAUGUCAUAUAUAGGUACUUGGUCAAGCAAAUCUUGUCAGUAGAAAAAAGCGGCAAAUUUGAAAAAUGUAGGCGCGAAGGGAUAUCGUCUCAUAGAAAAUUUGAAUUUCGCGCCUUUUUCUACUGACAAGAUUUGCUUGGCCAUCUAGAGGUGUGUUAUUUCGUCGGUACACAUAUGUAUUGGCAGAAAAAACUUUCAGUACCUAUAGUAUUUAUGGCAUGGUUAUUUAGACCUUUGUGUUUGGGUGCUUGGAAGAAAACGCCAAAGCAAGACGCACAAUUCAUCAACCUAAUCGUGAAAAUGUUUGUCCAUUGUAUACUUUGAUCCAUUGUUAUAUCAGAUUACAAGUAGGUAGAUAGAUUAUAAAGUAGGUAGUAAUUAUUUUAGAAAAUAUAAAUGAGCAGGGGUCUAGCAAGAUGACAAUCGUUGAUAGGAAAUGCGAAUCAAAACUUAUAUCUAAAUAAUCACGUGACUUUCACGUAGCAUCUCAUCCCAGUACAUUUUUUAUUUAUUUAAUUUCACAAACGGGUCUACUGCGAUAUAAUUUAAUUGUUUUUACCUUUAAUUCCGACGUUUCAGCUGAUUUGCACCAGCUGUGGUCACGGAAAGACCCGCUAUCACGCGCUAUCGCGGUAGACCCGUUUGUGUAAUUAAAUAUGUGUACAAAACGCGAGAACUUAAAAUGUUACAUUUUUUAUUUGUUUGACGUUUUUCCAUGUACGAUUGUCAUCUUGGCUACGCCCCCAUACCGUGCACUCAAUACAAGUGACGUGUCUGAAGUAACUUUAAUUACUAAAGGGCAGGGGCGAGUCAGUAACUUCUAAAGGGCUGGACCGAUUUUGAUCAACAUUAUUUGAGUGUUUGAGUAAGUCAGGAUAGAAUGAGCUAGGUUGUAGAGGGUUCCUCGAAAUAAAUAAGAAGGCUUGAAAGUCACAGCUAUAUAUCUGGCAAAAUGGAGUAAAAAAAUGUUUAUAUCCAUUUCCAAUUUUAUCAAAUCGCUGUAUGCUUUCUGGUUUCUUAUUUAUUUUUACCAAGACAAAGAUCCUAAUCUCAAUCGAUGGGACUUUUACUUAUAAAUAAUGUCAAUGUAACAAUGUAGUAUUAAUAGCAUUUUAUAAACAAAUAAAAUAAUUAGGUAUAGAACUUAUUAUUAUUUCUACAGAUUUUUUAUAAACAAAUACCUGUAAUAGAACUUAUUAUUAUUUCUACAGAUUUUUUAUAAACAAAAACAUCAUCUAAUUAUAACGGUAGUAAACUACCCUCUGUUUCUUUCCGUUUUUUUUAAUGAAUUACGUUUAGAAUUAUAGGUAUGUCUGUAACCGGAAAAAUCAAACCAUCUUCCAAAGCUGUAUAGAAAUAUGUAUACUCGAAUUCCUAUCCGUAUUUCCAUAUUAACCGUCUGACAAUACCCGAUCAGGAAAUCGUUGAACUGAUAACAUGUCUAAAACUGUAGAAAAACACAAUUUUCCGUAGAGAUUCUAGAGUUAGAGUUGGUUUAGCGAUGACUGAGAUUUUAUAUAGGAGAACAUGUAUUUCAGAACUUGGCUCAAACCUUUUCAAACUUUAAAGAAACAAUUUUCCUACGCUGAAAUUAUUUGUAUUUUCAAGCCUAGCCUAGCCUUACAGAUGUAGUGCAUAUCUAAUUGUUUUCCAUCGUAAGUAUUUUCUCGGAAACGUUCGUAUUUGUCAUGCUACUUCAGUCAACCUCAGUACUUUUUGUACCGAGACUGACUGAAAUAGCAAAACGCGAUCGUACGUUUCCGUGAAAAUACAAUGGAAAAUAAUUAUGCACUAGAUCUGUAUGUCACCUUAGUCUAGCCGAUCAUUUUAAUGGACCAACAAACUUCCAUAAAACUCACGAAUAGGUAACCUUUACAUUUGACUACUACAUUUCAAUACAAAUUAAGUUUCAUAAUUGUCAUUAAAAGAUGGCGCUGCACACAAAUCACUACAUCGAUAAACUGGAAAUCAAUAUAAAGUUUUUAUGGUGUCAUCAUCAUCAUCAUCAUCUCAGCCAUAAGACGUCCACUGCUGAACAUAGGCCUCCCCCUUGGACCUCCAUACGUGCGUUUUAUGGUGUAUUAGCGUAUUAUUUAUAUAACAGUUCAGUCGAGCUUACAAAUGAAGUUACUAAUAAAAGUUACCUUACCUAACAUACACUACAAAUUGUAAAGCAAAAUUGUGUAACUUCGAAAUCUUUUUCGGUAUACCUAAAAAUCCUAAUUAUAUACACCUCAAUGUCUCCUUUACUACGUGAACUCAAAUGAUGUUUAAAGUGUGUGUACAGACAGUAUGUGUAGACAUAUAGGUUUAGGACUUUAACGUAUAUUUUUUUAUGUGUAAAAUAUUUGACCAACAAAACAAAAACGAGUAGAUGUUAUUCUUUACUUGACUAUGAAAAUAAAUUCCGUUGGUAUUUAAAAUUAAAGUCAGCUUAUUCAGACGGCAAAAUUACAUGCUUAAAAUAUAGGUAGCCAAAUUAUAACAUACGCUGAGCUUUUUUUUGAAGCCACGGGGAAGUACACACUACAUAAUUCAGAUUCCAACGUAAUUCAAAGCAACAACAUAUGUGUUAUGAAUCACGUAAUAAUUUUGUUUUAUUUACUGUGUCAAAUUUUACAAUUUAGCUUUGUAAGGACCCCUAGGAAGUGCCCUUUUAAGUAAUCGAAUAAAUUACGUAGUUUAGCUCUCAUCUCUUCAAAUGAACGACAUUCCGUAGACAUAAGAAAAUAACAAUAUAAU